AUGGACCAACAGGAGGAGAAAGCAGGCAAAACGGAGCCCAAAGGAGCUCGAUCGAGUCGCCACAGAUCGGUUCACCACUUCAUCACCCACUCGAUCGAUUCACCUCCUGUGCUGCCCACUCGAUCGAUCACCUCCUCGAUGCCCACUCGAUCGAUCCCAUGCAAAGGGAGUAGCUCGAUCGAUCCCAUGCAGAGCGACGAAGCUCGAUCGAUCCCGUUCUGUCUCAGCCGUUCGAUCAAUCCCGGUCAGAUGAUAUCACAGCCGUUCGAUCUACUUGGUGCAAACCGACUUGAUCGAACCACAGCGAACCGGAUUGAACCGAAGUCGACCCCGGAGCUAUUUAGACCUAUCUUUGCCAUUGUUUAG